CUACAAUCUCCGAACAGUAACUACUCAGAGGUGAAAAACUAGAAAUUGAGCGAAGGCCGAACCAGAAACCAUCCAAAAACCCUAGCUAGUAGUCAUCACGAUGAGGGGAUCUCUCCUGAGAAAUUUCUCUCUAUGCACGCGCAAUUUCCACUUGUUUCGGAACCUCAAAUCUUCACCGGCAGUAUCUAAUGGCGAUACCAGUCAUUUACUCGGCCGCUACAUCACUGAAAAUGCAUCGUUGCUCAGCCGGCUUUCUUCCGGUAUGCGAUUUUUCUCAUCGGAAAAUGCAAGCUCCGAUCCCGGUGCUAACCCUGACUCCGAAGCCAGCGUAGCCCUAACCGAAGAGAAGAAGGAGGCGACGCUCGAUGUGGAAGAUGUGGGCAAUAAAGACCUAAAACUCCAGAUAGAGGAAUAUUUUGACACUGGCAACGAGGAGGCACUCCCGACGAUACUUGAGUCAGUUCUGAAGAGAAGGCUUGUGAAGAAGCAUGAAGAAACAGAUGAUGAGCUAAUGGACGAGCUUGUGAUGAAGCCACUGGAUAACGUGAAGGACGAAGAUUUUGAGUCAGAUUUUGAGGAGCUGCAUUCAACUGAUGAAGAGAUUGAUAAUUUAUACAAUGCUAGGGACUAUGUGAUGAAGGACCUGACGGAUGACCCGUACUUCCACAUGGAUGACAAGAAAUGGGACGACAUGAUCAAAGAGGCAGUUGAGGAUGGUGAACUUGAUGAUACCAAAGAGUGUGAAGCCAUACUAGAGGAUAUGCUCAGCUGGGACAAGCUUCUACCAGAUGAGAUAAAGAAGAAGGUAGAGAAGAAAUUUAACGAGAUAGGCGACAGGGUUGAAAAGGGCGAGCUCGAGGUCGAAGAAGGUUACGAGCUGUUCAAGGAGUUUGAGGACCAGAUGGUGUUGGAGUGCGCCAAGCUAAUGGAGGCUGAGGAACCACCUAAGUUUGGCAAGGAUAUUGCGCCUGACAACAAGGCUCAUGAUGAUGACCCACCUGGUGAAGGGCCAAUCCUCAGGUGGCAAACCCGAGUAGUCUUUUGUCCCGGCGGUGAUGCAUGGCACCCAAAGAAUCGUAAAGUGAAGCUAGCAGUGACUGUUAAGGAGCUUGGCCUGUCCAAGCAUCAGUUUGUGCGGUUGAGGGAGUUGGCUGGAAAGAGGUACAAUCCAGGGAAAGAUGAGCUCACCAUUACUAGCGAGAGGUUCGAGCAUCGGGAGGAAAAUAGAAAGGAUUGCCUCAGGACACUAUUUGCGUUGAUCGAGGAGGCCGGAAAAGCUAGGAAACUGGUGGAGCAUGCUCGGAUAUUGGAUGUGAAAGAGAGGCUCAAAGCCAAUCCAAAGUUCAUGCAGAGGUUGCAGUCCAAGAAGCUAGAUAAGGGAUCAAAGCCAACGAGUGCAUGUUAAGAACCAAGAUCAUUUGUAGUCUGCUUUCAGGGCUGAUGAGGUCUGAAAUGUUACCUCAGAGUAUUUUGCAUGUAAAAAUGAUAAAGCCGCUAAUUUUUCUAAUCAUAAUUUUCUUUUUAUGCUUUACCGACCUGUGGGGGGAAAUGUUGUUGUUCCGCUGCUUGUUGCUUUUUAGAUAAUUAGAAAAGGCUGCUCGGAAUUGUAUGAAGUACUCGUCGGCGUUUUAUCAUCAAUUCUACCACAUUUGAAUAAUCUUUUGAAGAGCAAUUUAGGAUUUUUCAUCUUACAGAAAUCUUAACCGUCUGAUAAUUUUGUAGGCUCAUUAUUUGUGUUCGACUGUUUUCAUUUGAAGAUCCACUUUGUCUGCGAAGGGCUUACAGUUUUU